AUGUUCUGCCGAGCCUGUCUGCGCGCAAACGCCGUCUUCAUCGACGCUGUGCCCUCCUCGCGGCUGCUCCUGUGGACAUCCCAGCGCAGGUCGGUCGCAGCCCUUGUCAGCUCUUCCCGAACAAGCUCUAUCCUUCGACAGACCCAGACCUCGACGAAGCUACCAAACCAGCGCAUGUUCUCAACCUCCCGCAUCCUCUCCUCCUCCCCAGCCCCAGCCGAAGGUGCUUCCUCAGCUGCUACAAGCACAAUUCCUGAGAAGCCGACAUACCUGACCGAAGGCGAGUCGCAGGUUUGGGACCGGCUGGUGGCCGAGUUUGCGCCGACUGAGUUGAUCGUGCGCGAUAUCUCGGGCGGUUGCGGCUCCAUGUACGGCAUCGAUAUUACCUCGGAGAAGUUUAAGGGUUUGACGAUCCUCAAACAGCAGCGCCUGGUUAAUGCUGCGCUGAAGGAUCUGAUGAAAGAUUGGCAUGGAGUACAGUUGAAGACGAAGGCUCCGUAA